AUGCGCCUGAAUGAUCUUGUAAUUCCACUCAAGGACUGGCUUAAUCCUGCAAGCAUCAAAAAGACCUUUGAUACUGCUGAUUCUCUUGAUAUUGUUUACUGGCCAUUCAAUAAAGGGCAAAUCGACUUAUCAAAUGAUGAUAUAUGGAUAAAGCAAUUCGUCAGGACACAAGAUCCACCAUCAAUAAAACUCCCGUUUCUUGAUCCUAUACGUGAGGCUUUUCUUAAUCUUAGCAUUCCCUCUUUUGAACUCUUGCUUAAAGCCCCUCAUCUCACUCCAUUUACAAAAAAAUUCGAAUGGGACGUCGCCAGGACAUCAUUUGCUACUAAUCAAGUGCUUGUAGCCACAGAUGCUCUUCAUUUUUUUCCUGGUUAUGAAGUGGUUGUAGCUGAAGAUUCAGCUUUUGCAAUUAAGGCUGAUUCAAAUUUCACAAACAUUGCUACAGAAUUUUCUUUCAUCAUAAAUAAAAUUGCCGAAUACGCACGAAAUGGCAAGUUCCCAAUAAAUAUCACCGUGUCACUCCGAUUUCUAAGAGCUUCUGCCGCUUUAUUGGCACCAACAUUCGACAGCGAUCCAAAUGCUAUUUAUGGCUUCUUUGAAUUGAACACAUACAAAAACACGCCUGAUUGGGCGAACUUUCAAAACGAAAUAGCUCAACGAUUGAUUAGUAAAUAUGGAGCUAGACCGCAUUGGGCCAAAGAAUGGGAAUCUGUAUCUGGUAUUAAACAGUUCCUUCACAAAUCAUUGGGUGAUCAUAUUACUACAUUUGAAAAAGUUCGCGUUAAAUAUGAUCCUAAUAAUACUUUCUUUGAUAAUGAUUCAUUAAAACAAGUGUUUUAUGGAUAA